AUGGUUUCACCUCGUUCUUCUUCUUCCCGACUCAUGAAUGCCUUGGUGUGCAUCGCUACAGGCUCGGAAGAGAUGGAAGCAGUUAAUAUUAUUGAUGUUUUGAGAAGAGGAAAUAUUCAGGUUACAGUUGCAAAAGUUCAUGAUCCACAACAACAUUACGAUCCAUCCAAUUUAAGAGUGAUCGGAUCUCGUGGUGUAAAACUCGAGGCUGAUGCUCAUUUUGAUGAUGUCGUGGAUCAAGAGUAUGGAGCAAUCAUCUUACCAGGUGGUAUGGGAGGAGCCAAAAUAUUCUCUGAGAAUACUAAAUUGUUGAAUCGAUUGACCAAGCAGAAAAAGAGUGAACACGGAAUUGUUGCUGCUAUUUGCGCAAGUCCUGCUCUCGUAUUGACCAAACAUAACCUUUUGGAUGGAGUGAAAAAGGUGACUUGUUAUCCAUCUUUGAAAGACAAAAUGCCACACUAUGAUUGGCAUGAUGAGAAGGUGGUCGUCGAUGGAAAUGUCGUGACAUCACAAGGUCCAUUCACUGCUGUAUUUUUCGCUCUUAAGCUUAUUGAGCUUAUGGUUUCUAAGGAAGCCAGCCAAGAAGUUGCAAAGGGUUUGCUUGUACAUUAG